GAUUUUCUAAUAACCAUUUCAUUUUAACAUAACAUAUAGUUGAUAGCACCAAAUAAUAACACAAUAAUCAUGAAGGCACACAACAUUUUUCUCCUCAUAUUAGGCCUUGCUACUUAUGUUACUUUCAUUUCUCUAAAACAACCUCAUCAUAACGACUAUUUUGGCAACAACACCUACAACGUCCACAUUAUCAAUGGCUUCACCAACAACUCAUCCCUGCCGUUGAUUGUGUGGUGCUCCUCCGGUGAUGACUCCGGUGACAUUGGGGGUCUUGCCCUUCAAGAACGCGAUGAUUUUAGUUGGAGUGUGAAGACCAAGUUUUGGAAGAACACGCAGUAUUUGUGUACAAUGAAAUUGGACCAAAAAAGAAGGAGAUUUCAAGCUUUUCAUGGAAUUAGAGAUAUUCAAAGGUGCAAUCCUACAAAGCAAUGUUUUUGGUUGGUAAAAGAAGAUGGUUUUUAUUUUAGUAAUGAUGAAAUUUAUUGGCAAAAAGAUUUUUCUUGGAUUUGAGAUGUAUUUUUGUAAGUGCUUUUUUGCUCAUCUUGUCAAGAAGGUUAGAGAUUAGAUUUUUCAAUUGAGUUUAACUUAUAUAUACCGAUAGUGAACAAAAAAAUUCACGCCAUUUAGUUAAGAGUUUUUCCAUAAGAAUGUUGUAAUAAGCUAAAUCUUUGAAAAGGAAACUUUGAGAAAUAUUCAGUGUUUCUUUGUUA